ACCCUGCAAUGAUCUCAUAUUUGUAUGCAAGGCGGAGUCUGGAUGUCGAGGCUAGAUGAUUUGUCUCUGCAUUCCUCGGAACCCUAUCCACUUAUGGUGCUCGGAUCUCGUUCCCCGCAUUAUUUAAAUAUUGUUCCAUCUGAUUGAGACAAUUAUUUAUGAAUCAUUAACCGAGAUGUUCUGCAUAUGACGACGGCUGUAUCGCACUCGACUUCGUCUAGACAACUGCAUCCCGUUGAGAUAUCAAUUCCAGAAUCUGUCUCGAGCAUUCACCGACUGAUGUAUCCUAACCCGGUUUUUUCCUCGUACCCUGCCUUGGAGCCCCCUCGAUUCAAAGCACCCUGAUGUCUAGCAGCGCUCUCUUCUCUCGUAUCGGUACUACUUCCGCACAAGUCCUUCGCUCCUCUCGCGGUCCCCUUCAGCGCCGCUUUAUCUGGAAUCCUCAAUAUGUGCAUCCACAUACACACGUCGAUCACGUACCGUUCAAUUAUCUGAACAAGAAGUCAUUCACCAUCAAGUACUGGUCGUGUCUCGGUGCAGGCUUUGCUGUGCCCUGGAUUGCCGUUGCCUGGCGAUGGUGAGCCAACAGUCAAUAUGCUGACGGUCAAAUCUAACCCAGACCGUCCUUCUUUCAAAGGUAUAGACCAGGAGGCAUCAAA